AUGUGUUGCAAGGGUGAAAAGGUGACAAUUACACAGGUGCCUGCUCCUGACGAGUUGUUACAGUUAUUCUCAGACACUUCUACUGAAGGACGACAUUUUAGACAACAUAUUAGAAGUUACAACCAUGUAAUGUCGUUUACUUCACUUGGUGUCCACGUCGACAAAAGUUUGGUUACAACUGGUCGUGGUAUUUACACAUUUUGUGCUCAAGGCACAAUUUAUCACAAAAUAGGAGGUUUUCAUCCGAAUCAAGGUUCAAGGCCACGCUACUUGCAACUAUACAUUUAUGAUACUGAUCAUGAGCUUCAAAAUAGGAUGAGGGAAAACCCAACACUUAACCAAGCCAUAGUGUAUAAAUUGCAAAAAAUACUCCAUCAAUGCAACCCGUUUGUUAUCAUGUUUAGGCAGCUUGCACUAGAGCCAAAUGUUGAAGAAUGUAGGUUACUCAUUAAAGAACGUCCGUCAAAUCAGCCACAAUAUAGUCUCCCUUCAGCUUCUCAAGUUGUAGCAAUUGUUAUUGGUGGUGGUGAUGAAGAUACAAUAGAACGUGGAAGAGAUAUAAAUGUCAUCAGCUGUGAUGGAAAUCUAACAAAGGUUCAAGAAACAAUUGGGUAUUAUGAUCCUUUACAAUAUCCUAUAUUGUUUCCGUUCGGAACAUACAGUUGGGACAUAGAAACAAAAAAUAAUGUUGGAAAAAAUGUUACAUGCCGAGAGUACUACAGUUAUGUGCUUCAGGUACAUGCUAAACUUUUUUUUAAAGAAAUUUACUUCUAA